AUGGCAGAGGGCUCCGAGAAGGUGCCCAUCGCCCGAGCGGGGCCCGACGAUGUGGAGCUGUGCCUGCCUCCCGCGUACGCGGCGGCCGCGCCGCCCGGGCCGGGGCGGCUGCUGAAGGCCGGGGCCGCGGUGCUGAUCGCCGGGGCGCUCCUGCUGCUGGCCGGGGCCAUCGGCGCCUUCUACUUCUGGAAAGCCACGGAGCGGCAGGUGUACAACGUUCACUACACUAUGAGUAUUAAUGGAAAAGUACAAGAUGGAUCAAUGGAAAUAGAUGCUGGAAACAACUUAGAGACGUUCAAAACAGGAAGCGGGAGUGAAGAAGCUGUUGAAGUCCAUGAUUUUCAGAUCGGCAUAACUGGGAUCCGUUUUGCUGAAGGAGAAAAGUGUUACAUCAAAGCUCAGCCAAAAGCUCACAUCCCUGAAGUUGAUGCUAUGGCUAAAGCGAGCCUCUCAUCUGAGCUGGAAGAUGAAAUCAUGCCUGUGAGAUUUGACAAAAACUCCCUUAUCUGGGUGGCUGCAGAUGAGCCUAUCAAGCAUAACAGCUUCCUAAGCCCCAAAAUUUUAGAGCUUUGCAGGGAUCUUCCAAUUUUCUGGUUGCGACCAACGUAUCUCAAAGAUAACCAAAGGAGAGAAAUGAAGAGAAACAAGCGCCAAUCAGAAUCAGACUUCGAUGAGGAAGAUUUGGAAGCUGCUUCUGAGGAAGUAAAUUCCAGGUCACGUACCGUGCAGCUGACUCAAGAGCUUGGCCACCAGGCUAAUGAAACCAGGCCAAUGGGACAAGAAACCGAUCAAGCAUUUAAUCCAGACAACCCAUACAAUCAGCUGGAAGGUGAAGGGAUGGCUUUUGACCCCAUGCUGGAUCACCUGGGCGUGUGCUGCAUUGAGUGCCGGCGAAGUUACACCCAGUGCCAGCGGAUCUGCGAGCCCCUCUUGGGCUACCACCCGUGGCCUUACAACUACCAGGGUUGCCGCACCGCCUGCAGGAUCAUCAUGCCCUGCAGCUGGUGGGUUGCUCGUAUCAUGGGCGUGGUGUGAGAAAAACCCUGGACCAAAAAAAACGAAACAAUCCAAAACUGGAGCCUUGACAAAAUCAGCAGGAAUACAAUGAACUGGUAAAAGACUAAAACCAAAG